UAUGUUGAUAACUUUUUCACAAUUCUUUUUCAAAACGUAACUUCAGUAUUCGCAAAACUUUUAUAACUUCCAAUAAAUUCUUUUAUAUAUAUCCUGUGGUUAUUCUUUUCUCUGCAAAGACAGGAAAUAAUAGUCAAAGUUAUAUGUUUCUUAUGCUCUCUUGAAGAGGAAAGAAUAUGAUUAUGGUAUCACAAGCUCGCAUGUGCCUCAAGAUAAUUUUGGGAGAAAGAUGCACUUGAGGGGUAGAUUCCUGUAUAAACCUAUACGUGCUUUUGGUGGUGGCCUGGUGGGUGAAGAUAAUAAACGGUGUUCUGUGACAAGAAUCAAAAGGCAAAACUGGUGGUAGGACUAUGAUACGUGGCACGAUCACAACACCCUUGAGGAGAAGGCGAAGCUUAUUGGAAGAAUAAAAGCGAGGUGGCAGGAAACCCCGAAGCCAAAAAUCCCUACUCCCCACGGUUCCUUUCAACUUUCUCUCUCACUCAGAGAGUCACAACUCACAACACACUCUUCUUCUUUAUUCCCUCCUUUAAAUUCCCCCAUCACACCAUCGUCACUUCCAUCGCACCAUGAACACCCCUCACUUCGAAGCCCCUCACUCCCCUCUCUACGACCGCUCCUCCCCUCUCUCCGACGCCGCCGACCCCUUCCACUCGCCCCAAAACUCCCCAGACAACUCCAGACAUAUCGUAAUCCUCGAGACUUCAGCUCAAUUCGCCCAGGCCGCGCCCCCCGCCCCCGACUCCGACCACCAACCCCCGCCGCUCAAUGUGCCGCCCCAGGUCCUCGUCACCCGCCACUCCAGGCCACAGCCUCGCUCCCCGCCCACCGCGCGGGGCCGACCGAGGUCCGCCCCCCCGCCGCUGCCGCCGCCGCCGCCGAGGCCCUUGAUGGCGAAAAAGGUUGCCCUAGGGUUCCGGUUAUGCGAGGUGGUGCUGUGUCUUAUUUCGUUCUCGGUUAUGGCUGCGGACAAGACCCGUGGUUGGAGCGGUGACUCUUUCGAUCGCUACAAGGAAUACAGGUAUUGUUUAUCGGUGAAUGUUAUUGCAUUCGUAUACGCAGCGUUUCAAUUGGGCGAUUUGGGGUUUGAAAUAGUGAGGAGGAGAAGCAUGAUGAGUCACCACCUGCGUUACCACGUUGAUUUCUUCAUGGAUCAGGUUCUGGCGUAUCUUCUGAUAUCGGCUGCAUCAUCUGCUGCAACACGCGUUGAUGACUGGCAAUCGAAUUGGGGAAAGGAUGAGUUCACUGAGAUGGCGAGUGCUUCAGUUGCGUUGGCGUUUCUUGCUUUUUUUGCCUUCGCUGUUAGCUCAUUAAUUUCUGGCUACAACCUCUGCACUCUCUUCUCCUAGCAACAUUAUAUGCUGUCUCUUCAGACAUGUACACACUUUUUUUUUAUACUUUUUUACUGUUAUGGAGGAAUGCAUUCAUGAGUGUCGCUGCCGAUGAUUUUUUUACUGUACAGCUACAGACAGAAUUGUGUUAGUGGAUACAUACAAUUGCAGGAUAUUCUUCCUUCUUAAAUUGGAAGGAUGGAGAAGGAAAUUUUUUGUUCCCUUUAAUUGUUUAAUCAUUGUAUUUUACUGUUCUUGCGUAAAUGAAGUCAAGAUUUAAGUACUCGCCAA